CGUUAAGUGUGACUGGACAAACGGAGAUGCUUAUGUCACGAGCCCUUAUUUCCUUUUACUCGAUAAUUAUCCUCGUGGAUAACGAUUAAUUAAAAAAAUAAAUGACCAAAAAUAAUUAAAAAAACCCCUUCAAAUUGAAAAGGAAUUACACUGCUUACCACAUUAGCCACAUAAAAAUCUAAAGAAACAAAACAAAAAAAAAAUCCCCAAAAAAUUUCCAACUCGAGCAGCACAUCCCAAAAGGCAAAAACCCUUCCCGGUCCAGUGUCCACAGUUCCCGCAGCGACCGCCGCAUGCAUCCUCAUCCCCCUUCAUCUUCUUCCUUUCGCCAAUAAUAAGGGGAAAUAAUCUUCUUCUAUCCAUCCACAAAUCGAAAGCAGACAAGCUCAUAGGAUCCAUAUAAUCACUCAAUUCCACACCCAUCCACCAAAAAAAUUCACAAUCCCAAAUUCACCAACCUAUAGAUCUGACAGUGUGGGGAAUUAAAAUGUUUGCUUUGACGCUCGGGGGAAGAGCUGGGGUAGUAGUGGGUCUGGUAGUGGUGGGGCAUUUGGGGGUGGGUUUUGCGAACAUCAAUCAGAGGUCGAUGGAUGGCACCCGCGACAACGAGAUCGUGAUGGGAGGGUUUCAGCAGCGGCAUAGCUUGGGGAAGAAGAGUGGUUCGACCGGCCGGAGAGCGUGGAGUGUGUGACAAAGGUGAGGACGAUCGGAGAAGAAAACUGGCGGUGAUUUGCAUGGGAGGCGGUGGUGGAGAUGAAGGGUCACCUGAUGUCGUAUCCGGUGGAAGUGGAUACUAUGGGCCGGGUUGUGCCGCUUCCUGGGUUUGCGACGUUUCCGGAUGUUGGUGGGAAUAUCUUGGGCUCGUAUAUAUCGUUGCUACAGGAUCUGAAUAUUUGGGACCCAAGGAAGUGGAAGCUGCCAUGGGAGGAAGGCGAUUGGGGGUGCAUUCGCGCAGUAGAGAAACAGAUUGUGCAAAUGGCUAGAAGCCGCCGACAGCGGUUAAAGAAGAGAAGAAGACGAAGUUGGAUUUAGAUUAUGGAAAUGGCUAGAAAUCGCCGACUGCUUCUGGUUCGGUGGAAAAGAAGAUCCUUGCGCCGACAGAGUACUACCCCAAGGCAGAGAGGCUCGAAGGCUGGAGGACGCAAAAUCGGGGGAUUUGGGGAAGAGGAUUUGCGGGAAUGGGGAAGAGAUUUCACCGCUUCGAUCGGAAAAGGGUAGAUGGAUUCGUGGGAAUGGAAAAGUUGGGGAAGAACCCUAAAAUCGGAAUUGGGGAAGAUGGUCGUGCGAAGGAGAUGGGGUACAUGAGGGUAAUUUUUAUUAUUAUGAUGUAUAAAUAUUAAAUAAUUGA